AAUCGCGCCUGCGCAGUGGGGAGCAGCUCGCGCCUAGGCUUUGGUGGGCUGCAGUCUCGGUUAGAAGGCGGCGGAGGGGUCCGUCUCCAGGCAGUCAAGAUGAGGUUUCUGCUAUUGCUUUUCGCGGCAGCGUCGGCAGUGGUCCGGAGCGAGGCGUCGGCCGAUUUGGGCGACGUGCCCACCAAGAGAUUGAAGAUGCAGUACGCCACGGGGCCGCUGCUCAAGUUCCAGAUUUGUGUUUCCUGAGGUUAUAAGCGGGUGUUUGAGGAGUACAUGAGGGUUAUUAGCCAGAGGUACCCAGACAUCCGAAUUGAAGGAGAGAAUUACCUUCCACAACCAAUUUAUAGACACAUAGCAUCUUUCCUGUCAAUCUUCAAACUAGUAUUAAUAGGCUUAAUAAUUGUUGGCAAAGAUCCUUUUGCUUUCUUUGGCAUGCAAGCUCCCAGCAUCUGGCAGUGGGGCCAAGAAAAUAAGGUCUAUGCGUGUAUGAUGGUUUUCUUCUUGGGCAACGUGCUUGAGAACCAAUGUAUGUCAACAGGUGCAUUUGAGAUAACUUUAAAUGAUGUACCUGUGUGGUCUAAGCUGGAAUCUGGUCAUCUUCCAUCCAUGCAACAACUCAUUCAAAUUCUUGACAAUGAAAUGAAGCUCAAUGUGCAUAUGGAUUCAAUCCCACAUCAUCGAUCAUAGCCCCACCUAUCAGCACUGAAAACUGUUUUACAUUAAGGAAUUUUUUCAAGAGCAGCGUGACUGACAUUAUGAAGGCCUGUACUGAAGACAGUGAGCUGUUAGUACAGACCAGAUUCUUUUUUGGCAGGCUCGUUGUACCUCUUGGAAAACCUCAAUGCAAGAUAGUUUUUCAGUGCUGGCACAUUUUGGAAUUCUGCACAUUCAUGGAGUGCAAUAAUACUAUAUACUCUCCUAUCUCUAUUCACCUAAUUUUUUUUAAUGUAGGCAUUAUUACUACGUAUAACUUCUUCUCGGUCAUAUUUUUAAAAAGUAAUUGAGUUACAGUUUGAGUGUCUUUUUUCCUCAAGAUGUCUGUUAAGUAUGUUCUGCUUUUUUAAAUUCUUGUUUUUUUAUAGUUUAAAGUCAAUCUUUUGGGGAAUACAGUGAAAUUCUCAAAUACUUUAUAAAGUUUAUCAGACAUCUCUAAUUUGGACAUGUUCAAUUACAGUUUUGAAAAUACUGCUUGUUAUGAACAAUGCAUUAUAUAAGAUUAUGGGGAGGGGUCCAAUAUCCAGAGUACUCUACCAAUUUGUGUGUAUGUGCGUAUGGGUGUGUGAUACAGAGAACUACUACCAAACCCACUGCUUUUUAAAUCUUAUUAUGUAGUUAAGUGUCUUGCCUUGACCAGUCUAAUGAGUUGAAUUAACUGGGCCUUUAUACUUAACUAAAUAAAACCUAAGCAGAUGUCA